AUGGUACGCUUGGACGAGGACCUGCGGCCUGCAAGGCGGGCUGAGGCGGCUCAGACGCGGCCCCUCCACCACGAGACCCCUGUGUCAAAAGCCCCGUGGGUUUGCGCCCUGGGAGCGGCGCCCUCCUCCUCCAGCUCUCAGAUGAACAGGGCCUUAGCCUUCCGUGGCUCCUCCCCUGUGGGCAAACUUCCGCAGGCCGAGAGGACUCUGCCCAGCACCCUGGAGGUGCAGGCUGCACGGAGCCUGGCGGUGCGGCACACGUGCGGUGCUGGCUGGCCAGACAGGCGGCGGCUCUGGAGUGCGGUGCCACCCCUGCCCUGCUGUGCGCCCUGCAGCUUGCUGAGUGAGACCGAGAAGCGUCCGUUUGUGGAGGAGGCCGAGCGGCUUCGCGUCCAGCACAAGAAAGACCACCCCGACUACAAGUACCAGCCCCGCCGGAGGAAGAGCGUGAAGCCCGGCCGCAGCGACUCCGACUCGGGCCCAGAGCUGGGCCAGCACCCCGGAGGGGUCCUGUACAAGGCCGACUCAGUCCUCAGCGACGCCCCCCACCACGGUGACCACACAGGCCACACCCACGGGCCGCCCACCCCACCCACCACCCCUAAGACCGACCUGCACCCCGGGGGCACCGGCGCCAGGCAGGAGCUGAAGCUGGAAGGCCGCCGUCUGGCGGACAGCGGGCGGCAGAACAUCGACUUCAGCAACGUGGACAUCUCGGAGCUCAGCAGCGAGGUCAUCAGCAACAUGGACGCCUUCGACGUCCAUGAAUUUGACCAGUACCUGCCACUUGACGGCCACGCCGCUCCCCCCGCGGAGCCCAGCCAGGCCACGGCUGCGGGCGGCUCCUACCGAGGCACCUCCUACCCCGCCUCGGGGCCGGCCAGCGUGGGGGCGUCUCCCGUGUGGGCCCACAAGGGCGCCUCGUCGGCCUCGGCGUCGCCCACGGAGGCGGGACCCCCGCGGCCACACAUCAAGACGGAGCAGCUCAGCCCCAGCCGCUACGGCGACCAGCCGCACGGCUCUCCCGGCCGCUCGGACUACGGCUCCUACAGCACCCAGGCCGGGGUCGCCGCGGCCGCUCCCGCCGCGGCCGCCAGCUCCUUUGCCAGCGCGCAGUGCGACUACACCGACCUGCAGACCUCCAACUACUACAGCCCGUACCCCGGCUACCCCCCCAGCCUCUACCAGUACCCCUACUUCCACUCCUCCCGCCGGCCCUACGCCUCACCCCUGCUCAAUGGGCUCUCCAUGCCGCCCUCCCACAGCCCCAGCAGCAACUGGGACCAGCCCGUCUACACCACGCUGACCCGGCCCUGAGGCCCCGCCGGACCCCCUGGGGCGCGCGCUGUCCUGGGAGCGCAGCCAGGGCCCUGAGGUCUCCCAGGAGCGUGCACUGUGGAGCGGGAAGACAGCCAGGCUGCCUGAGCUCCGGCAAGUGCCUGCUGAGCCUGUGGGAAACCGGCCUUCGCCCCGGUCCCAGAUGCCCCCUCGCCUUGUGAUCUCCACGCUUCUGCCAGCAGACAGAGCUCGCUUCCUUCUCCUCUUGUUAUUCUCCCCACCUCCGUGUGACUGGUGAUUCCAAAAUGACAGCCAUCCGCUCCUCCUCGCCCCCCUCCGCAAGGACCCAGAGGUGUCAGUGCAUCUGGGAUUUGCAUCUUCGUAAGUGAAAGAGGACAAAGGAAGGGGCCCCGAGGUCCCCAGGCUGGGUGGGCUGUGGUCCACACCAGCCCCAGCACCCCUGGGACCGUGGGCCGCUUGCUGUUCCGCAGCAUCAGCCCAUCGGAGGACUUGUGGGAUGUGUUUGUUCCAGCCUCUCUUGGGACCAGCCGGGAGAUGGAGGUGUUCCUCAUAGUCAGAGUUCUUCCUGGCAAGGUUUGGCUGAGACGAACACGUCUCUCUUUUGUGUGUGUGUGUUUGUUUUUGGUAAUUCUUAUUUUUAAAGCUUAAACGUGUUUUGUUU